UACCCCGCCCGUCCUCGCCGCAUCUCCCCUGUCCAGCUGGGCGGGGACUGCUGUACGACUCUGUAAAGUCUGUGAGUCACUGCACAACCCAUCAAUCCAAUUAAAUGUCUUGAGCGAGCCGAGCAGGCGGUGCUGCCGCCGCGCCGCUCGCCCCGCCGCGGCCGCCCCUGCUCGCAGCUCCCCUCUGAUCCAUGGCUGUCUGUCUGUACUUGUUACGGUGUAACCUCCUCCUCCGCCGCCUCCUCCUCAGGAGCCGCUGCAACUUCCCCUCAGCCAGCCUCCUCCUCUGCUCGGGGACUGCAAAGGCAUGGGAUAGACCCAGAGCCACUUCUUUCUGUCUCCCCCCCAGCCCUCGCUCAGUUUCCCCCCUUUAAAAUUAAAGUCUGUUCCUCGCUCCUCGGCGUUUUGGAGAUUUGUCAGUCUAUUAUUUCCCCUGAUUUUUUUUUCCCUCCCUGGGGCAGGGGGUCGCAGGGGCCGGUGGGUUUAUUUUAGGAAGGGGGCUCUCCACCCCUUCCCUUUUGGGCCGUGACUUGAUUUCCCCGCUCCUCUCCGCUGCCACCCCUGGAACUCACCGUCCUGCACUCGAGUGACGCACCGACACCCCCCGCCCACAGCCCAGACGUCCCCUCCCUCGCUGCCACCCCGACCCGUCUCGGAGCUGGACCCGGUGCCCACUUCUUCGCAGAAGGAUAUAUGUUGGGUAAAGGAGGAAAACGGAAGUUUGACGAGCAUGAAGAUGGGCUGGAAGGCAAAAUCGUGUCUCCCUCCGACGGUCCAUCCAAGGUGUCUUACACCUUACAGCGCCAGACUAUCUUCAACAUUUCCCUUAUGAAACUCUACAACCACAGGCCCCUCACAGAGCCCAGCUUGCAAAAGACCGUGCUCAUCAACAACAUGUUGAGGCGCAUCCAGGACGAGCUCAAACAGGAAGGCAGCCUGAGGCCUGUGUUCACUGCCUCCUCCCAGCCGGCCGACUCGCUGAGCGACAGCUACCGAGAGGCCCCGCCCGCCCUCGGCCACCCCGCAUCCCCACCCGCACACCCCUGCGACCUCGGAAGCACUACGCCCCUGGAGGCCUGCCUCACCCCGGCCUCGCUGCUCGAGGACGAUGACACUUUUUGCACUUCCCCGGCCGUGCCGCCCGCGGCUCCCACCAGACUGUCCCCUCCAGCCCUCCUGCCGGAGAAGGACAGCUUCUCCUCGGCCUUGGAUGAGAUCGAGGAGCUCUGUCCCACAUCUACCUCCACAGAGGCCGCCACCGUGGCAGCGACUGACAGCCCGAAGGGGGGUUCCAGCGAGUCCAGCCUCCAGAAACCCGAGGGGCUCCAGGAGGGCCGGCCCGAGGACUCGAAACUGAUGGACUCACUGCCUGGGAACUUUGAGAUCACAACGUCCACGGGGUUCCUGACAGACUUGACCCUGGACGACAUCCUGUUUGCCGACAUCGACACGUCGAUGUAUGAUUUUGACCCCUGCACGUCCACGUCGGGGACAGCCUCAAAAAUGGCCCCAGUGUCAGCCGACGACCUCCUCAAGACUCUGGCUCCUUACAGCAGUCAGCCCGUUGCCCCGAGUCAGCCUUUCAAAAUGGACCUCACAGAGCUGGACCACAUCAUGGAGGUGCUCGUCGGAUCCUAAGACCUGGGGACCCUGUGACUCUGCCCACCCAGACCCCGCGAGUGUCCCGCACCCUGACAGCUCUCCGCACUGUGCAUGCACCCUUGCUUGCCUUUUUCAGAGAAAACGAACGUUUUACAAAAGGAUCACACUAGUUUUUGCUUUGAGCAGAGUUGGAGUGCCUUCAUCCCAGUCCAACCACUUUUAACAUGCUUUUUUGAGUGGUUCCUCAGAGACCUACUACCCUGGAAUAGGAGAGAAUACAUUUGAAGACAAUGUUGCUAUGUUGAAUGACAAAAAAUAAACAGUUCAAGUGAAGCACAAGGAAUAAGUUGGAAAAGCUGUAAAUUGCAUGUGCAUAUUUGUCUAUUUUUUCUAUAAGUUUUAUUGCAAGAGGUAAAAAAAGAAAAAAUAUAUAUAUAUUAUUUAGAUAAUCUCAGUACCUUUUCUGGCAUUUUCGCCCUGUAUAGGUUGACUUGGCAAUUCAGCCUUUUUAGAGGCAUUAACUACUCCUCAUAAGUGUUGCAUUUACAUGGCUGUUUAGAAACUGCUGCCCAAAUUUAUUUUAUAUUUUUGUACAGAUUCUGCAGUUUAUGAUAUUGUUUUUCUAAAAACAAAUGCUGUUUAUACAUAUGAGAUAGCUAUUUUGAUAGGAUUUGCUCACCUAGUUCCUGCAAACUUCAGAUGUACAAGUUGCACUUGUACUUUUAUAGAGUUGUAAUGUUUUAUAUGUGUUUGGUGCAAAGAGAAAAUUGGAUCAAAUCAGUCCGCAGUUGAUGUCCCAAAUGCAAACACGCAUACAAACACACACACACACACACACACACACACACACAGCGCUUUAAGAAAGGGCCGGGCGAUAUCACACCCAAAUUUCAUGAGCACUGACCCCCUGGCAUGAACACCCGCCAGCACUGUGACUUCCAAAGCCAGAGCCGUGUUUGCUCAUCAAACUUGCAUUCAGCAGUUGGCGGGAGGUGGCUGUCGAGCUCGCGGGUGUAAGUGAUGGUUCUCUUUAGCGCCCUCUUUUGAGGGGAAGGCUACCGAAUACUCUAUUUAUGCCAGUUUGCGCUUUUAAUUGUUUUUAUUUUUUUAAAUGAAAACCCAAAUCUUUCCUUUUUUGGCGUAAUUUUUAUGAUGACCUGAAAUUUUACAUGUGAACAAACUUUUAUGAAAAGCAACCAACCUCUUCACGGAAGUAAACCUUAUUGCAAUGCUUAAGGCUGGUAAAGAAGAAAAUCUCCCCCAGAAGGCUUCCAUCAUGUUGCUCAGUUGCCUUUUCCAGCUUCCCUAGAGCUUUCCUUCCCUCUGUUGCUAAGUGCUGAAAAUGGCAUCUUCAGGAUCACCACAGUGAGCUCGCUCACCUCGGCCUAGCCUGGGAUGCACUCUUGUAACAUCCGUGGCUCUUGAACCUGGGGUCGGUCCUGUUAUGUCAUGGCUUCCAAUCUGGUUACUUUCUUGAAUCAACUGCUUUAACUACACUUUGCAAGGCUGUUUUACCCAAAUACACAGACAGGACUUUCUAUGCAUGUUUCUCCUCCUCCCUCUUUGCGCCGCGCCCCCACCGCCCCCCCCCAGGACACUUGAGAAGUAGCUUUUUAUUCCUAGUGGUGUACAUUUAAUUUUAAAACGUUUGCAAUGUAUCAUGCCUGUUGCUGAAAUUGUUUAUGGCCUUUUCGUUUCAUUUUUUUUCUUUUUUCCAAUGGUACUUUAGCUGGUUACAACCUAUAUUAUUGAAAUGCAGAUGGCUUCUUUAGGAAUAACUUUUAUAUUUAUUUAAGAAUUUUUAAAUUAUGGGAUUUGUGUUGUUGUUGUCUUUGUUGUUGGUCAUUUGUCAAUAUUCAGUCACCAAUUCUGCUCACUUCUUGCCAUGGAUAAAAUUGAGUCUUUCUGGCCAAUUAAAAAAGACAGCUUUAUAAAAUGGCACUUUAAACAAGCCAUAGAUAGUUUUAUUUUUAUAAUGCACAUGGCGAAGCAAAUACAUUUGUGAUGAAGGAACUGCUCAUCUAAGCAAAAGAUUCAUGUAUGAUAUGAUUAAAUGUUGCUACAUUCUAAUUUACUUUUUUCCCCCCACUUGAAUGUGUCUUUAAAGGCUGAUUAUCAACUCUAGAACAGUGAGAGAGGGAUCAAAUUGCGCUUGUUCUCCUACAAGCAACCUCCAUCCGGAUGCCUCUCACUGCUGCAGGUGUGUUGUUUCCUUUGAUAGGACCAGGGACCAGAUAGUGAAGGUGAGGGUUGUUGUAGAUGCUUCCGGCAUCCCUGUGCCUGUCCGUUUUCAGAGCUUCCUUUUCCUGUAGAGAACAAGUCAGUCCAGACACCAUGCUUUUGAUAACUGGAGGACGUAGCAAACUCACCCCAUGCUGCACACAUACACGUACUUAUACACACACAAUAGUGCUGAUUAUUCCAAAUAAUAACAGGGUAAGGCGGUUGAUUUGCCAUUGUUAAAAACUGAUUUACAGUAACUUAGAACAACUGUACUCUGGUUGGAUUAGCAAAUCGUGUGUUUAAACAAAUCCCAUAUGUUGGGCAACAGUUCAAAUAAGCAAGCAAAGUGUUGCCCAGACGUAGUUCUCUGACUCUCCCGUAUGCGUAAGGCUGGGCUUCAGAAUCAAAACAAAACCCCCAACGACAGCAGGCAGAUGCUUUUUAACUCUGGACACCCUUGCCAUAAAUUGUUGAUAUUCAAGGGCUAAUGAGGAAGAUGGGGGAAAUUAGUGGCCCAUUUUAAAAAGAACAAAACCAUCAAGUGUUCAAGUUAUCUUUGUGUCUUAUUUUUACAAAGUGAUGUCCCAACAGGGAAGACCAUAAGCCUGUGUGUAUCUCCGAGUCCCCGUCUGAGUGUGGGACAUGCUUCCAGAUGCUGCCUGGCAGCAGUGCCUUCCCCAUCCUAGAGGAUACCACGCAGCAUUCAGAGUCGGGCAGGCGGUUUGAGGUGCCUUCAUGAGAAAGACGAGCUGGGUGGGGCUGGGAGAGGACAAUUAUUGACAGUGAUGUGCAAUGAAGUGACAAGAUGAGAGCAGAAUAAUAAGAGCUUUGAAUUUGAAGUGAUUUUUUUUCAUAAGUUAUUUAUUCCUUUUUUCUGUGUAAAUAUAUUUAUUUUACUAUGGAGCUCUAACAACAUCUGGAUCGUAACAUGUGCAGAAUGUAUGGUAGGAAUGUAUUCUCUUGUAGGAAUGUCAAUCUGUAUUAAAAGGGGGUCCGAGCCAGACCCCCGGGUCUUCUCAUUGUAUGCAUAGUCCACAUUCACUUUUACUCUCUUCUCUAAUAUGGGUCUAUUUGAAAUAUGCAAAAGGUAUGGAUGAGGAAUGUUUUAAUACCUCCAAAUUUUUAAGAAAAUCAAGCAUCAAAGGGUUGAUAUUUUUAAACUUUUUUUAGUAGCACUUUCUCUUUAUGACAGAAGGGGCAACCACACUGACAUCCUCGUUCACACCAAAGGCUGAGAACGAGCCACAGCCUCUGCUCCACCUCGAGUGUCUUUAUCAAUUAAGCUUUUGAUUGCCGUAGCCCUGUGGAGUGUCCCAACUGCCCUGAGGUCAAUCAAGGAAAAUUUCUUGAAUAAAUAAGCUCCAAAGAGCCAAAGUAUCAACUUACGGAUCGUUUUUAAAGCUUAAAUUUAUUAGCCACCUUUGUGGUAAACAAUGAAUUAUGAAUACCGCAGGGCAGCCUUCUUAAAUGACAGACGUGAAAAAAAAAAAUAAGGCUCUACUUUGUGCAGCUAUUGUUAUUCUCCAUAUGAAUUGUCUUAAUUUCAAUACCGUGCUGUUACAAAUUGGACCUUUAUACAUUUUCUGAAAAUCUUGAAAAGAGCAUAUUUAACCUGUGCUGGCUGUAAAUGGUUAACUUCCCGUUACCUCCCGUCAGCAGCGAGGUGUGUGCAUCCUGCUUGUGUACAGUUGUUUUCAGCGCUUGUAAGAAUGAGUCUAAAGGGUUCUGGAAAAUUAGCCAGGAUCAAAUGCUAUUGCAGACAAAGCCAGUAAAAAUUGUGGACGUCUUUUGGGGAUAACAAGUUUGGAAGAGAAGUGCAGUCCAUACAAGCAAACAACCAAGAUUUUGGAAAAGAUGUACAUAGUGACAUGUUUGGUGCAUGGUUUUUGAGGAGGGCUUCUGUCAAAAAAGGAGGUGUAACCUUUCCCCCACAGACCUGAGAGCUGUGCCUUUUCUAUGCAAUAUUACAGACAUUACAUCGGAACCCAGAUGGCUGUAUUCACAUGUAGGUUUGGGCUGUAAUCUAAACAAUUGGACAGAUUAAAUGUACAUGGAAAUGAGCAGUCUUACUUUUGUAGUUUUAUAUUAUACAAUAAACAGUUAAAAGA